AUGUGGGAAAAGCCGAAGAUCAUUUUGGAGAUAGUCAAUGCAUUUUAUUACGAGUACUGGAUUUGUGUGGACAGAGUGAAUGUGUAUGCUGGGAAGAAGGAAGAUAGGAUGAUGAUGACAGGACUGCACACCGUGGUUGAUAUUUACUGUGUCAAGUGCGGCUCUUAUGUUGGAUGGAGAUAUGAGGUUGCUUUUGAGAAGAAUCAAAAGUACAAGGAAGGAAAAUCGGUUCUUGAAAGGUACAAGGUUUGGGGUCCGGAUGGAAACAAUUACUGGGUGGCUCAAGAAGUUGAAGCCGGAGAAAGUGAUACUGAUGAAUGA